AUGGCCAAAAGUCGCGAAAUCAUUCAACUGCACGUGGGCCAAGCGGGCGUACAGAUGGCCAGUGCGUGCUGGGAGCUGUACUGCCUCGAACACGGCAUCUACCCGGACGGCCGGUUUUGUGAGAGGUGCUCCGGGACGGCGGGCUCCGACGACGACGACGAUUGCAGUGCGUUCUUCAGCUGUAGCCGCGAAGGUCGCUGUGUGCCGCGGGUCCUAAUGGUUGACCUGGAACCAUCGGUGAUCGACGAGAUCCGGCUCGGCUCGUACCGGGAGCUGUUCAACCCGGCGACGCUGCUGUCGGGUAACGAGGACGCGGCCAGCAACUACGGCCGAGGCCACUACCGGUUGGGCCGGACCGUGAUCGAACCGGCCCUGGACCGAGUGCGGAAGCUGUGCGAAAGCUGCGAGGCCGUGCAGGGAUUCAUGAUGUUCCACAGUGUCGGCGGAGGCACCGGGGCCGGUCUCGGCACGCUGCUGCUGGAGCGUCUGGCCCAGGAGUACGGCAAAACGGGGCGCUUCGAAUUCACCGUCUUCCCGUCGCCCCGGGUGUCGCCCAUCAUCGUCGAACCAUAUAACGCGAUCCUGGCAUCGCACGUCGCCAUGGACCACACGGACUGUGCGGUCGUGCUGGACAACGAAGCGCUGUACGAGGUGUGCGACCGCAGCCUGGCCGUCCGCGAACCGACCUACACCAACCUGAACCGGCUGGUCGCGCAGGCCGUUUCAUGCGUUACCGCAUCGCUCCGGUUCCGUGGGGCCAUCAACGUGGAUCUGCUCGAGUUCCAGACCAAUCUGGUGCCGUUCCCGCGGAUUCACUACCCGCUCGUGACGUACUCUCCGCUGGUGCCGACCGCACACGGCCCACACGCCACACACCUGACGACGGCUGACCUCACGCAGCAGUGCUUCGAGCCGGCCAGUCAACUGGUGCACUGUGAUCCGCGCACCGGGCGCUACAUGUCCUGCUGCUUGCUGUACCGCGGGGACGUCUCACCGUUCGACAUCAACCGGGCGGUGCAGGAGGUGCGGGCCAAGAAGGGCGCCCAGUUUGUGGACUGGUGUCCGACCGGGUUCAAGAUCGGCAUCAACUAUCAGCCCCCGAUGGCGGUCCCGGGGGCCGAUCUGGCCCGCGUCGAUCGUGCCCUCUGCAUGCUGGCCAACAACACGGCCAUCCGGGUGGCCUGGGACCGGGUUGCGGACCGGUGCCGCCGGAUGUACGAGCGGAAGGCGUUCUGGCAUCAUUUCCUCGACGAAGGGCUCGAAGAGGCCGACCUGAGCGAGGCGAUCGAGAACAUCUCCACGCUAAUCGACGAUUAUGCGGAAAUUGAAAAAUAA